AUGAGAAUUGCGCUCUUCUGCAGCAUUAACGUGGAGCAGCUGUCGGAGCGUGCGCCGCUGCUGCUGCGCCCUGGCGGGCCUCUCAACGUGUCCGGCUUCGCGGCGCCAGACGCGGACCACGUGGUGCGCCUGUCGGCCAAUGCCUCACUCCUGCUGGCCUGCCCCGGCCCCGGCAACCAGCUGCUCUUCGCCAACCGCACCACGGGAUUCAGACAGGUGAGCGCGACGUGCGCGCGGGAGGGCGUGGUGACGGUGCGCGGUGAGCCGGUGGAUUUGCGCUCGGUAGAGUGCGCUGGGCACGUGGAGCGCACUGCGGAAAAGGACGCGUACCGGCGCUGCGGGGACGGCGAAAGAGGACAGCGCAUGCGCGUCGGCUUCCGCCUCAUCACGGGAUUCCUGGAUCUCGUGACCGUUUGCUUCGACGACCAGCUGCUCUCGCCCAUCUACUCCAACUACACGCUUGUCCAAGGCACGGCACGCACGUGGUCGGGGAGAAGUCGCCUUGAUUUCCGCGCUGGGCGGCUCUUCGGCAGCGUAGACCCUGCGCACCAAUACGAGACGCAGCGCAAGACGCUGGAGCGACACCGCCAACUCCUGGACUCUGACCCACUUGUCUCUGAAACCCUCACCCCCGACGCUGGGCCUACUUGGGCACCCGGAGCUGCCACAGUGUUCUACGAGGACGCGGCGCCGCAAUGGCGGAGUGUCAACGUGGGUGCGUGGGCGUGGGUGGAGCGCGCAGCGCGCAGCCUGGCGGCGGAGCGCGGAGACUUGCUGGUGGUGACGGGGGUGUGCGGUCUGACGUCACUGCCCGAUGCGCAGGGGAAUCGCACCCCGCUCUUCCUUUUCACCCAAGGCACCCAGCGCAUGAUGCCCGUGCCCGCGCUCUACUGGAAGGUGCUGUACGACCCGCGCACGCGAGAGGGCGCGGCGGUCGUAGGCAGCAACAAC